AUGGACAUUUUCUUUGACCCUUCCAUAUCAGUCUUCGGGCCUGACCCUCUAGAGCCCUUAUCCAAGAUGUUUGAUGAUGCUUCUUCCCUCAAUAUCACCCCUCAAUCUCCCCAAAAUGAAGAGCUCAAAAAAGACAGCUUGUCUUCAGAAACUGACCAGCAGAAGAACAAAAUUGAUACCUCAAUCGAGGAACGAAGAAGGCGAGGCAAGAUCAGGUCUAAAUAAAUGAAGAGACAAGAAGAAGAUCUAUAUCCAAGGCCUUGAAGAGAAGAUCAAGGAACUACAGAAGGAAAACUUUCGACUCCAAAACUUAGUGGCUAACUACAGGAAUGAGAAAUUGGAGUAUUUCGGUAAAGAGAUUAAAACAUUCGAGAAAGACUCUAGGAAGCACAAGAUUGACACGUUUCAGAAGUUUAUUGACCCAGAAACUUUUGAGAUGAAGAAAGAUGUCAAAGAGAAUCUCGGAGAUAUUUUUAAUAAGACAUCUAAGUUACAGAUGGAGAGACAUAAGAGGUUUAUGGAUGAGGUGUUUAAGAUAGUAGUAAACCAUGCCUGUCCUUUUGACAAGUUUUUUAAAAAGUGACCAACCAAGGAGUAUACGACCAAGUAUGAGACAAUAAAGGCUCUUGAUAAGCUCUUUGGUGAUGAAAGAGAGGAGUUUAUAAAGGAGAAUAACUUGCUGGAGCUUGAUUUGUUAAUGGCAGACUUUAGACCCUCUAAAAGACAGUUUCUCUUUAUGAAGGAUAUUCUCCUUAAAAAGCAGUAUCUUAUUGUUGAGAAGUACAGAGAAGGAAUCAGCCUCUUGCUUCAAGCUAAAGAUAUAUUCCAGAAGACAAGUGUUGAAGUCUGGGGAGUAAUUCACUUCAUGUUUAACUCUAAAAUAUUUUCAGAUGAGCAAAUACUAAAAGGACCAACAAAGAGAGACUUUUUUACUCUUGCUAACAGCUUUGAAGAAUUCUGGAAUAUCGAAACUCACCCUGUAGAGUAUGAUCAUAAUAUCUUUACUGACCCAAUUCUGGGUAAGAAAGCAAGGAGGAAUUUAUCAGCCAGUAAAACGCCAGAUAGUUUUUCUUACAACCAAUACAUAUUGCCUGCAUAACUGAUACGUACUUUCAAUUA